GAAGCCUCGGUUUGGUUAUCAGUGAUGUAUCAGCGUCUGUUACACAUCAUCACGACUCCCAGUAUAAAAGUGUGAUCGUACCCUUGAUAUUAUCCAGAGACAAAUUACACUGCUUCCAAUCGCCAUGAGGAUUCUAGUCUCGUCCGUUUUUCUUCUAAUCGCUUUUACGCAUGUCUGUAUCGCUGCCGCUCAGGGUAGAGGUCCUGGAGGUCCCGGAGGUGAGCCUCCGGUGUUUGAUUGCACUGGUAAAGUUGGAUACUUUGCAGACCUCUGGAAAAACUGUGAGGUGUAUUAUCACUGCCGAGAAGAUGGAGCCAAGUUGACGUACGGUUGUUCUAGUCAACCUCAUCAAACGUACUUUGACGAAGCAGUGCGAAAUUGCGUUCAACAUUACAAGUGUCCAGAUCCAGAGCCUAUAUCCGCUCAAUUUUAAAACUGCAAUCAAACUUUCAGAACUAAAAAAAUACAACGAUUUUCUUUUA